AACCCCGUACCAUUCACAUGCAAAAAUAGAAAUGUUCAUUCUUUAAUCAUGUUCUUUCCACCAAACCCCAUUUGUGUGGAUAGGAAAUCCUUUGGCGUUGAACAAAAGUUAAUAAUAUGGAAAUCGGUUGAGAAAUGAGCGAGUGACUUAAUUUCAGUGUCCCGACAUAUGUCUUUUGACGGGGAACAUGGACCUUCCCAAUAUGGCGGCGUGGUUAGAACGUUAUUUGGCUUGGCUGCUAUACUACGCUGGCGUAUUCAGUUUCAGCUUCGUAGCGAUUAGAAUGUUUGUGAGAAAGUUUGUGAAUCAACAUUUCACCUGUGAAUGACAGAUUUUUAAUUGGCUGGUAACUUUCUUUUCAUUUAAGCAAACAAGCCCCACUCCUGAAAUGCAGGUUGACGGAGGAGAGGAGAAGACGAGCGUGCGAGGAGCAGCAGCAGCAGCAACAGCAGCGACAGGCACUGUAAAGCCAGUAUGGGCUUUGCUUGAAGAAGCGGGGCAAUUGAAGACAGAAGGGAACGCUUUCUACCGGGAAAAGAACAUCCGGGCAGCUGUUGGCCGUUAUCACCGCGCUCUUUUGGUCCUGAGAAGCCUCAGCUCUGAAGUGCCGUUGACUUUGAAAGGAUUUGGACCUGAGAGGCCAGCUCUCACGUCUGAACAAGAGACAUCGCUCAGAAACAUACAAGUGGACUGCUUCAACAACCUAGCUGCAUGUUUGCUGCAGAAAGAGAAUGUGGACUACGCCCGUGUCCAGGACUACAGUCUGCGAGUGUUGGAGGAGCGACCAACUGACACCAAAGCUCUGUACAGGGCUGGUGUGGCCACAUUGGAACUGGGAGAUGCACAAAAAGCCAAGCAUUACCUGACGCAAGCCUGCAAGAUGCAGCCAAAUGAUGCCAACGUCAGGAGGUACCUGCAGAUUGUUGAGGAGAAGCUGAGCCAUGAUUUACUCCAGGAGAAGGCCAUGUAUCGAAGCAUGUUUGCUUCCAGCACAAAGAGCAGCGUCGGAGAAUAGGUUAACCAGACUGACUGGCGGAUUGUACUGAAUUCUAAUGCCGCCUCAUCCAAGACCGACGACUUGUUGAAGCUGAAUGAAUGGGGGACCAACUUAAUGAUCUGAAAUUAAAUCCUGAACUGCCAGUGUCUCAUUUGUUUCAGAGGUGAUCGAGGGACAGCAGUGAUCAAAGGUUUGGACAAACUUUAUAUGGUGCAUGUGAAUGAGAAACCGUUUCAAAACUUUUCACUUGUAUUGAAUGUUAACCAUAAAAAAAAAAUUGUCUCAGCAAGUUGAAGGUCUCAUCCAGAGGACCUAUAUGUUAUUUAUAUAUCACAAAAACGUAGCUAAUUUUUCAUUAAAAAUGUUUUAAAAAUGCAACACAACAAAAAUGAAAGAAUUUAGCGCCAAAGUGCACAUUUUCUUUGUAGUACAAAUGCCUUCAUUGUCUGUUUCAAACCGAGGCUCACUUGAAGCUGCGUCCGUGUGACGUCACGCCAAGACAACCCCAGUAAACACAAUGGCUUCCUACACAGACAAUCAUACAGGCUGCAAGUGGGAUCUAGAGGAGGUAGACAGCAGUGAUGAAGAAGAUUUUAUGGAAUGCUCUGUGGAAGAGAUAGGAACUGAAGAGGAGGAAGUUUCUUAUUCUUCCCAUGUUCAAAAAACAUCGGAUGCAGGUUUUAUGCAACUAUAUAUGUUUGAACCUGAGUUGACGAAUGCAACACAAGGACAGGAUUCGGUGAGAUCUGACAAAGUUGAUGUGAAACUUCGACCCCAAAACACAGACUGGUAGGUGCCUCAAGAAUUCUACGUACACCUGGUUGACAAAAUAAUCCAAUUCAAACACAUUUAAAUGUCUGAUGCUGGUUGCACACAACAGUGAGUCGUUUGUUGUACAAGCGACUGAGUCGGCGUAAAACAAAAAUCGAAACCAUCGGUAUCCUUCUGCGUUUAAAGAUUUAGCCCGUAAUUUAAAUAAUGCACCUAACACUUGAGAGCGCACACUGCCGAAGUUGAUUUUCAGGAAGACCUCAUCGUCAACAGUACACUCACUCUAUAGUGUCCAAAUUUCGUCACCACCUAAAGCUCACAUGGAUAAGGAUAUUAACUCACAUAAAUAUCUGUAUCGGUAUUGUACUUACAUUUAAAACGAGGUAGAUACUUGUCAAUACCAAACAAUUGAACACGUACAUACUUACUUGCUACCGAAGUCAAAUGAAGGUUUUACCUGGUUUUCAAAGCAGUCCUCCGUGAAAUGCUUGGCACAUAUUACUGUCGACUUUCAUUUGUAAGUCCAAUGUGCUCACUUUGUCUCCACAAACCUGGUCCAUAACCUGCCCAUCUGUUCAUCUUUAUGCCAUUCUUGUAAGAUGACUGUCAUCGCUUGACCGGAAUAGCCGUAUGCAACACACUUCCUCACCAUCUUUGGUAGCUUUUUCACUCUCUGGCUAAAUGUCUUGGCGUGACGUGACAUUCGGAGGGGCAGGGGGGUGUUGGUUACAGAACUUGGUACAUCUAAGUGACAUUUUGAACAAAAUCUUGAGGCUGACUUUGGCACUAAUUUAUUUCAUUUCUGUUGUGUUGACAAUUUUUUUA